AUGUUGCAACUGAACGAUAUGGCAUUCUUUAAUCGAGACUGCGUUCCAACACAUCUCUCACUACCGGUGCAAUCGAUCAGUUUCGGUAAUAUGAUCAACGCUGCCACAUAUUACUCGCAUUUCAAGCGUGAAACUGCACAGGGUCAAGCUGCUCAACAGUCGUGCAGAUGGCUAAGCGUAUUAAGUAAUCAGCGCAUCGAUCAAGCCAUGUUCGUGGACAUGGAACAUGAUCGUAGUCUGUUGACUGUACGCUUCGCUUUAUUGGACGGUCAGUAG